AUGAAUGGCAAUGUGGGCCUUGUCAAAUUCGCUUUAGACCAUGGAGCAGCCAUUGAUUCUGUAGUGAAUGGAUAUAUGCCUUUACAGUUGGCUUGUAUCAGUGAAAAUCAUAUCGCAGUAGUUCAGUAUCUCAUCGAUCGAGGAGCCGAUGUAAACGCUCAAAGAUGGUCCAAGAAGCAUGUGGUGGAUAAGUCGCAAGCAGUAGCAGGGGCUACUGGCUCCACUGCGCUCCAUGUCGCGUGCGCUAACGGUUGUACCAAAAUUGUUGAUUUAUUAUUAAGAAACGGAGCCAAAAUUCAUGUCAAGGAUAAAUAUGGAUCGAGGCCUAUUGAUGUCGCUGCUGCAAAGCAUCACGUGGAAAUCGUCAAAUUAUUGGACACCUUUGCUUCCAUGCAGCAAAUGCUAAAAGGCUUACAAGAGGGUUCAACAAAACAACAUAGGAUCACAGAAGAAAUCGGUAGACGAUCGAUGGAUGCUUCCCUAUACACACAACAGCAACAAUUAAGAGCAGACCGUUUACGUAGACCUUCUUUACCUUCUGUCUUUGAAUCUCAAAAACUAGAUAUUCCAGAUAUCUCUACUUUACCUCCUUUACCAGCAAGACAUAGUUUAAAUACACCAAGACCUUGCCCCGACGAAUUAUUAAAUUUGUCAAAACCAAGAAGAUAUCAGCAUUAUUUUCAACCUUCUCCGCCCGAAGAUUGGUAUAGUUACGGUGUGGUCAAUCACUAUGAAGAUGAAAACUAUUUGACUUCCUUGGAGAGAAGAGCCUUUGGUAUGACCUCACCCACCCAUACCCCCUCUGCCUAUUUCAAUGACGGGGACGAAACCGCUAAACCUGUACGUGCCUCACUCGAUCAUCGUCGUCCUUCAUUAGACUCGACUCCCUUAAAAAGAUGCAGUUCGGAUGGGGGACAUCUAAGAACAACCGCACUUAAAAAUGCCAUGGCUGCCAAUAACAUUUCUUUACAAGAUGACGAGUUUGGCAAUAUUAUUCCUCUCGAUGAAGAACUAGAAGAUGAGGAACUAGACGAGACAGAGGAAGAGGAACCAAGACCUUCCUUGUAUGACGAAAGACCCGAUCUAGAGGCCUUGGAAAAGGUUAAGAAAUCAUGGUUUGCCACAGGCCGGAAAUCCGUGGAUGUUUACCCAACAGGUCGACCUUCGCUUGAAAAUAGAAGAAGCAGUAUGGAUUUCAGACCAAGCUUUGAUGGACUUUCUCAGUUGGCUAAAAAGAGUAUGGAAGGUUUAUCUCGUAAGAGUAUCGAUGUUGAUUAUGUACCGGAGGAUGGUACCACUAAAAAAUCAAGAGGUUUUUUGGCCAAAUGGUGGUCUACUUCCACUACUUCCAAUAACGUGAAAUAA